CCUCGAUAUGUCCUGGCGGAUCUGCGUUGGCUCUCAACCUCUCCCUCGACCACGUCUAGGACCACAAUGUCUGACAUCGAGAAGGAUUACACCACCAGCGACUCUGGCUCUGGCUCGGCUCCUCCCGAGUAUACGGAGCGUCCAAAGGGUUUUCGUGGCUUUUACUCGCACCCAGCAACACAGGUAGCGAUGGUUGGCUUCGUCUGCUUCAUGUGCCCUGGUCUCUUCAAUUCCCUGAGUGGAAUUGGCGGUGGUGGUCAAGAAGAUGCAAAGACAGCCGAUAACAGCAAUGUCGCGCUGUACUCGACUUUUGCUGUUAUGUCGUUCUUCGCCGGCACUAUCAACAACAGAAUCGGCGCUAUCCGCACCCUUCAACUUGGCACUCUCGGCUACUGCCUCUACAUUGGUGGUUUCUUGACCAUCAACAUUCAUCCUCAUAGCACACGCGCUACUGACUUCGCCAUUGCAACUGGAGCCAUUCUGGGUGUUUGCGCUGGCUUGCUUUGGACAGCGCAGGGUUCCCUUAUGCUGGCGUAUCCAACAGAGGGCGAAAAGGCCAAGUUCAUCGCCAUAUUUUGGGCUAUCUUCAAUCUUGGAGGUGUCCUCGGGGCUGCUAUCGCCUUCGGCACAAACUUCCACAACCCGGCCGGAAAUGUUACCAAUGGAACAUAUAUUGCUUUCCUCAUUUUGACUUUGAUCGGGGCCGUGAUUCCCUUCUUCAUGACCAACCCUCGCAAUGUCAUCCGUACCGAUGGCACUAGAUUGUCGAUCCCCCUCAAUCCGUCAUGGAAAGUGGAGUUCAUUGGUCUCUAUGUCGCUCUCAAGACCGACCCAAUGAUCAUUCUACUCUUCCCCAUGUUCUUCGCAUCAAACUGGUUCUAUGCCUGGCAAUUCAAUGAUUUCAACGGUGCUUUAUUCAACAUUCGCACACGUUCAUUGAACAGUAUGCUUUACUGGUCAUCGCAAAUUGUUGGCUCUUUAAUCAUGGCCUUCGUCCUUGACCGCAAAGGCGUGAGCCGCCGUACUCGUGCAUUCAUCGGUUGGGCGAUCGUUUUCGUCAUGGUCUUCGUCGUGCAUGGAUGGUCAUACCACUACGUGAUUCAAUAUGAGCGCGACUCUCCCAUUGUCACUGAUCCCACUAAACGCAUUGACUUCUCUGAGAAGCGAUAUGUUGGCCGAGUCUUCUUGUACAUCUUUUUCGGUCUACUCGACGCUAUGUGGCAAACCUGCGUCUACUGGAUGAUGGGUGCCAUGUCCAACGACCCCAGCAAGCUUGCGUACUUCACUGGAUUCUACAAGGCUAUCCAGUCUGCAGGCUCUGCAGGCUCAUGGCGUGCAGACGCUGUUAAAGUUCCUUUCAGGAACAUGUUUGCAUCUACCUGGGCCCUCUGUGCCGCAGGGAUGCUGUUUUCUCUCCCCAUGAUAUAUUUGCGGGUCAAGGACACCACAGAUAUCGCGGACGAGGCCAUUGCUCGAAUGGACGAAGCGGGCCACGUGCAGCCCGCAGAGGUCGUAGAGACCAAGGUUGCUGAGAAGACGACAUAA